GUCCAUAUAUUGCAUUGAAUGUUUGCUUGUACUAUAGUAAAUGAUGCAGCUAACACUGUAGCCUGCCGCAGGCAAAUUCGUCCAUGCUCCUCACGUGCUCCCAAUCCACGCCUUUAUCAACCGCAUCGUAGCCAAAUUUAAUCAUAACCCCCGAAGCAGCCACCUUUCACCCCAUCCGGUUUCACCUGAACUCCAGCGCCAACCCCGCACCCUCAUCCUCAACCUCUCCACUCCAAAACACUCGAGCUCAUGAAGUAACCUUCAUCCCAAUCUGAAAAUACACUCAUCCUCACACCACCAGUCGUUUCCCUCACAAGCUACAAUGCCAGCCCCAACCCAUCAAGCCAAGCGGCCCUACGCCGGCACCCACAGCCAACACCACCAAUCUUCGAUAACAUCCUACUUCCCCUCCCCCUCCGGCGCCGCCCCCUCCCCGACCACCGUCCGUAACGCCUCUUCGCCCCCAGUCCUCCCUGCGACCGUCCAAUCCAGCCUCCUCAACGUCGGCAUGCGUAUUCGCAAAUCCGUACCCGAGGGCUACAAGACCGGCUCCUACAGCUCCUUUGCGCUGUUCUCCGACCAGGCGCCCCCAUCGAAGCCUCAGCAGCAACCACAACAGCAGCGCCGCGUGAAGCAAGUACCAGGCGGCGCGGCGAGGGAACUGGCACCGUUCUGCGGGAUAAUGAAGGUUGGCGGGUUGGCAGUUCAGGCCCCACAGGGCGGGGAUGACGAAUACCUGGAUGACGACGAUGGGGUGUUGGACGAAGAUGACGUCCCGGGUAUGAGCUCGCAGGGCUCGACUCUGAGUGCUUACUCCACCGCCGCGACACACAAACGCCGUCUCUCGGCUUCUUCGGUGGGCUCAGAUGACGAUGAGGGAGCGGCACAGUAUAGCUGGGCCGAUGUGGAGAUCAGUCCUAAGACGCAGGCUCCGCAGCAGGGUCAGGCUUGGGGUGGGGCGGGGAACCGCGCGAUGGCGCUGCCGAGGAGGAUGAAGAGGGCUGGUGCUGGGGGAGCGAUGGGUGGGCAGGAGAAUGGGGUUGACUUUGAGGAGGCUGGGUUCUUGGAUUAUGCGGCGUUGGAGGAGGUGAAUAUGGGGGGGUUGUGA